AUGACGUCACACUCAGCCCACCGCUCCCUGCGUGUUCUCGCCCCCUCCGGCGUCCACCCUGACGAUCGCCUGCGGUCGUCGGCGGGGCCGCUGCCGAAACGUACAAAGCGCUCGAAUGCUUGUACGGCUUGUAAGGCGCGCAAGUCGAAAUGCAGCGGCGGCCAACCGUGCAAUAAGUGCAAUGAAAUCGGCACCGAGUGUAUAUUUGACAGGGGGCUGGAUAGGAGGAGGAAGUUUGCUCAGCGGCAUGCCGAGCAGGAGCUUAGCUCGCUGCAUCAGCUGUUGGAUGAUAUUGUGGACGCCUUUGAUGCGGGCAAUAUAGUCCAGCUGGGCGAGCUGCUUUCCUCUGUACGAACUCGGUCGAGACAGGCUGAGAGUCAGGAUCUGAGUUUUCCAAGUGAUGAGCAGAGUGGGCAGAGUGCGACGGGGGCAGAUUUCAAGGAGGUAAUUGAAGUAUGGCAUCUGUCCUCUGGUGCUCUUAGGUAG